AUGGCAUCAACGUCAUCUGGUGGCGAGAACUAUGGGAUACAGAUCGGAGAUAACCGCGGCUCAAUUUAUGCGGAAUUCCAUCCUCCUAAACGACCAGAAACCCCGCCCGGGCCUCUAUCAAAUGUCCCAUUCCCGCGAGACCCAGACUUUGUUGCUCGUGACACUCUGCUGAACCAGCUUCAUAAUAAAUCCUUAGCCCCUGGGACAAGAAUCGCGCUAGUGGGCCUCGGUGGUGUCGGGAAAUCGCUACUCGCGAGCGAGUACACCUACCGAGUCCGAUCUGAAUCUCCGGGGACUUGGGUUUUCUGGGCCCAUGCAAGUAAUGAAGCCCGCUUCGAGCAGAGUUUCCGGGACAUCGCUGACGAACUGAAACUCCCUGGGCGUCGUGACUCGGGUGUCAAUGUAUUCCAACUAAUGGAGAAUUGGCUGCGAGAGGAGAAGCACGGGAGGUGGAUCUGUGUCAUUGAUAAUGUCGAUGACGAUUUCCUUUGCUCACUUCCGGCGGCGAAAAAAGAUCACAAGUCGCAAGGGCUAGCAAAUACCCUGACCAAACCACUAAUACAAUACGUUCCUCGAAGACCGCAUGGAUUCACUAUUCUAACAAGUCGAAGUCGAGAAAUCGCGUUGAAGAUGGUCAAUGAUAAGGAUCUCAUCGAUGUUCAGCAGAUGGAAAGAUUCGAGGCCUUAGACCUCUUUCAAAGGAAAAUGGAUCAGCCGGAAGAUAUAAAAGAGUGCCAGCAAUUGGUAGAGACGUUGGAGUUGAUGCCGCUGGCAAUCGUGCAGGCAGCCAGCUAUAUUCGGCAUCGCGCACCUCGCUAUUCAGUAUCACAGUAUUUAUCGGAUCUCCGAAGCGAUCGUGAAGCGACAGAGCUGCUCCAGGAAGAGAUCCGCCACACGUACCGGGACUGGGAAGCGAGUAACUCUAUCCUAUUGACCUGGCAAACAUCAUUUCAAUAUAUCAGCCAAAUAAGGCCAUCUGCAGCGGACUUACUAUCCCUGAUGAGCUUUUUUGACCGGCAAGGAAUAACAGCGCAUCUUGUCCAGCCUGACUAUUCAAGCAAAGCCAUCUCACCUGCAGAGGUCGGCAGUGACUCUAGUGACUCGGAAUCGUCGACGUCAGAUAUCUACGUUGCGUUUGAAAAGGAUGUGGAUACGCUCAGAGACUUUUCACUUAUAUCUGUCAAUGAGGGCGGGACUUCGUUCAUAAUGCAUCGGCUUGUGCAACUGUCUACACGUGCAUGGCUGAAGUCAAAUAAACAGGAGGAGCAAUGGAAGGAGAAAUUUAUCAAGAGCUUAGCCAAGGAUUUUCCAAGCGGUGAUUAUGAGACGUGGGAACAGUGCCGGGCUCUUUAUCCUCAUGUUAAAUCCGCAAUAUCGCAACGGCCAAAGUCUCGGGAGUGUCAAACAACAUUAUCUGGAUUGCUCUAUAGAGGUGCCUGGUAUGCGUUUGGAUUAGGGUUAUUUGGUGAUAUGGAGGAAAUGGCAUCAAAGUCCAAAAAGCUGAGGAUCAAAUUGCUUGGUCACAGAAGUGAGGUGGCUCUCGAGAGCACAGCGAUGCUAGCAAUAGCCUAUCGAAGCCAAGGUCGUUGCGAAGAUGCCGAGCGGCUGGAGGUGCAGGUGAUGGAGACUCACAAGACGAAGCUUGGCAAGGAACAUCCUGACAUGCUGGCGAGUAUGGCCAAUUUGGCAGCGACGUACCGGAAUCAGGGCCGGUGGGAAGAGGCCGAGCUGCUGGAGGUGCAGGUGAUGGAGACUCAUAAGACAAAGCUUAGUGAGGAUCAUCCUGACACACUAAAGAGUAUGGCCAAUCUGGCAGCGACGUACCGGAACCAAGGCCGGUGGGAAGAGACCGCGGAGCUGGAGGUGCAGGUGAUGGAGACUCGUAAGACGAAGCUUGGCGAGGAUCAUCCCUCCACGCUAACAAGUAUGGCCAAUCUGGCAUCGACGUACUGGAACCAGGGCCGGUGGGAAGAAGCUGAGCAGCUUUUUGUACAGGUGAUAGAGACGAGCAAGAUGACGCUUGGCGAGGAUCACCCAUCCACGCUAACAAGUAUGGCCAAUCUGGCAUCAAUGUACUGGGAUCAGGACCGGUGGGAAGAGGCAGAGCAGCUGGAGGUGCAGGUGAUGGAGACUCGCAAGACGAAGCUUGGCGAGGAUCAUCCUGACACGCUGACGAGUAUGGGCAAUUUGGCGAUGACCUGGAAGACUUUGGGUCACGAUGUUAAAGCCAUUGAUUUACUCCGGAAUUGUUUGACCAAACAGAGAGAAAAACUUGGCUCAAGCCAUCCGGAUACUCUGUCUUCUUCCCAAACUUUGCUCGCAUGGGAAACGGAUGAACUUACUAUUAGUUCGUAG